AUGAAUGGCACACAGAGCUUGAGGACAGACUUGGGUAACUCACAAGAAAAGGAUAUCGCGCAUAUUCUGAUGGAUAUUGAUGAGAAUUGUGAUGAGGUCGAGGUCAUAUUGACCGAGAAAGAAGAAGACAUGGAAGUAAUGGAGGCCGACAUUCAAAAUCUAGCUGACGAGCUGAGGCGAUACGAAAAGCAGAAAAGCAAUACCGGAGUCAAAUUGGUUCCCAUUGUAUUGGUGUAAGGCGGGCCGUCUGAAGGGAAGGGCGUUGUACAUGGAUGGGCCUCAGUACGCUCGCCUGAAAAUAUGUCCGAGAUGUGCUCUUAUACGUUUAUCUGGCAACGCGUAUACGUAUAUCUGGCAACGCGUCUAGGUGCAAUUACGGUUAUGGCACCGGCUGAAAGGCCUGCGAGAACAAGCACUAUGACUUCGAGUACAAAUGUAUCGUAGGACAGAAUGCUUGCGAAUCCAAUCGACAAGGGCGGUUGUCUUAAGUGUGUAUUGACGACAACCACAGUGGUGUGCACACAACUAUUGCAUAGAAAGGAGACAUAUACUUCAAACAUAUAGAAUACGGGUUCGUACGUUACACGUGUCAUAGCCUCUAUAAUAAACACAAUGCCACCG